AUGGAGGAUUUGGAACUAAUGGAUGAAGGUAGACAAGCCCUUGUGGAGCUCUACCCCCCUCCCCUGACCUCCCUCACUCACCUGGACUCGCUGCUGACCGGACAGGACUCUCGGAGCACCAGCGACUGGCAACACAGCAGCCAUGCUUUGAUGAUGCUGGACCUGACUGCGGCGUUUGACCCCGUGGACCAAUCAGUUCACCUCUCCCGGCUGGCGAGCAUUUUGGUGUUCAGGCACGGUCCUGCAGUGGUUCAGGUCUACCAACUGAACGAGCUUGUGUGA